CAAAAUUUCCCGACAUUUCGAUCCCUCCGCCAAACUAUCGUCUUCCCAAAUCAAACUUUCAAACGCUCUUGCACGGCACUUCACCUACGAACUCUGCUUCGAACUUCAAUGCCAUUAAUGUGUUGAAGCGAUCACGCGGAUGGCGACAUCGGCUUUCAAAUCGACGAGCAGAAGAGCGCCGUUCGGUGGCUCCGACGAGGUCUCCGCCGCCGCCUCUUCCUCUUCCUCCUCCUCCUCAGCGAAUCGAGCUCACCGCCGAUCGAGGAGUCUCAGCCGGUUCUCGCGGAGCCUUCCGUUCGGCGAGGACCCCAGCUACGGCGUUGAAGCUACUCCGAGGAGGAAAUUCGUGAAUACGGUCAGAGGAUCGGAGUUUCCUGAGAUCAGCCUCGAUGAUCUCGCGAUUGAGCUGUUCUCCCAGCGGGAUGAAGAUCCAGGUAGCAGUGACCACGACCGCAACCGCUCCUCCGCUAGGCGCGGCUCCGAAAUUGGUCGAUGGGCGAGUGAAACGGCGUCGUCGCAGCGGCGUGGGAGGUCGGUGUCUCGGCAGAGCUCGAAGACUAGCGGGGAUAGAAAGAGUGUCGUUUCUGAUCGCUCUAGGGUUAAUACUGGACUUCCGGAGAGUAAUUCGAGGAGGAGGAGAUCGGUUUCAGUUGUUAGAUAUCAGAUUAGCGACUCUGAGAGUGAUGCAGAUCAUUCUCGCAAACAAGCAAACCUGAUUACUAUGAAGAGUCUUGGCAAUGGAAAAAAUGAUAUUCCUUCACAUAAGGCAACAGCUGCUAACGGUUCAGGACUAAGGAGACCAUUAAACCAAAAAGACCUGUUACGUCUACAAGAUGGUUACUCUAGUCACUCUUCUGUUCUAACUGAUGAUGAAAUAAAGGAUCAUCCUUGUAAAAAUGGGAACGAGAAAACAAUUAAGGCUGUAUAUUCCCAGAAAAAGGCUGAGCACCCUACUGAAGAUGAUGUAAAUAGUGGGUUGUAUGAAGCAAUGAAGAAAGAACUUAGAUAUGCUGUUGAAGAAAUCAAAACUGAAAUUGAACAAGGCAUUAUAAGGAAGAAUGGUAAUCACUAUCCACUGGAUUCUUCAGUUAGAAGUAGCUAUGCCACAAAGUUGGAGGAGUCUGAAAAGCGCAAGCAAGAUCUUCUUGCUGAGAUACUGUUGGAAGAUCAAAAGGGUAGGGAGCUUUCUCGGAUUGUCAAAGAAUUACUUCCUGAUACGAACAAGUCCACUGCUGGGAUCAAACAAUCGCGAACCAGAAAGAAGAGUAAUGACCGAAGCAGGAUGUCAAAACAACUAACUGUGGAAGCUGAGAAAUAUUUAGAGGAUUUCAUUUCAAAUGUAGAAGAUACAGAUAUAUCUUCUUUUGAUGGAGAAAGAAGUGAUGGCAGUUCCACUUUAGGAGGCAUAAUAAGGGCAAGGGAUGGCGUGGUUUGUGCAGAAACUGAGAGUUACCAUAUUCCAGUAGGAUCUGAUUUUCGUCCUGUUGAAAUGGAUGGAGUUAAAUUGCCCUGGUUAAAGUGGGAGACGAGCAAUGAUGGGUCAAGCAAGACUGAAAUAAAGACUCCUCCUAGUCAAAAAUCAGUAAUCUGGGAUGCAAAACAGGAGACAGCCUUGGAAUACGACCAAAGUUGUUAUUCCAACAGCAGUCAGGGGAGCUACAGCCCCGGAAUUAUGAAGUAUCAUGAAAUGAUCAAGCUUAAUAAAAGCGGAGGAGCCGAGGAAGACAGCAACGGUGAUUAUGAAGUUUGUCCGAGGUUCGAUAUGCAGGAGUAUCUCAGGCUUCAGCAGAGCGAAGACCUAUUGUUUGAAAGGUAUAGAGAAAGAGAGAGAAUAAGUUCUGGCGGACUUCUCACUUGUUGUACACAUGGUUUUAGUAAUUUAAUUUUCUGAUUAUUGUUGUGUAAUAUUCAUGUACUCCGUUUACAAUUUGUUGUUAAGUAUUUGAAGUUAACUGGAUUUAGUUGCUCCAA